CGUUAUCCUCAUCUGCAGCUUCACCACCACCUGCUCGCGCCUCCUCCUAGCCCCAUCCCCAGUAUGGCCGCCCUCCGCCCUGGCCCCCGUGCCGCCAUCGGCGACAUCCGAUCGGUCGCCGUCUGCCGCGGCUCCUGCCGGCCCUCGUACCUCCCUUCCCGGAGCUGGCAGCAGGGAUAUGUGUCGAAUCGUAAAUCCAAAUGCAUCUCCAAAAAGCUGCUUACUACAAUUACUGGUGCAAAACCUGAUGAAUCUGAAUUUGAUAGCGUUGAUGCACCACUUGAGCCCCAAACAUGGGAAGGGAGCUUCUUGUGUGGCUUGUUGAAGAGCCAGCCUCACAUUUUUGUAGUUGCUGCAGCAAAGCAACUUCAACAAAUGUCUAUUGAAAGGAAAGACACUCUGACCCGCUGGGAACAUAGUAUCGGCUCUUCGGAGGACUGUCUUCACAGGAGGAUCGCCAAAAUGAAGGAGCAUGAGUGCAGGACUGCUAUUGAGGAUGUCAUGUACGUGUUGAUUGUUCAUAAAUAUUUCAAGAUUGAAGUUCCAAUGGUUCCGAAUCUAUCAAAACUCAUCAGUAAUAGAAGAUUACGUAUAUGGCCACCAAGGGAGGCAGAUCUUGAAUCCAUUCAUGGACCUGAGGAGUUAGGUCUAAUUAGGGAGCACUUGACCAACAUUAUCAGAUGGGUGCACAGGAAUGGUCCCAAGAUUAAUCUCUCAACACUUCGGGUCAAAAGACUGCAAUUAGGUCGGAUCUAUUCUGCUUCAGUAAUGUAUGGAUACUUCCUCAAAUCUGUCACUGUAAGGCAUCGUUUGGAGCUCACUCUUGCUCGGCCACAAGAAUUUUUACAACCAAUUCAGUUUCUCAACGCACAACUUGCAACCACCCAGAAACAAGAAGAGAAAGAGGCCGUUUGCAGUUCUGCACAAUUAUUGUCUUCUUCAAAACCAAGUUCUGUUGUUGAUCUUCACGACCUGAAAAGUUACAUAAUGGGCUUUGACCCAAAGACCUUGGAGUUAUGUGCGAAGCUGCGCUCAAGCGAAGCUUCUAAUCUUAUCGAGAAGCACAGCCAGGCACUUUUCGGAGAAAAUGUAGGUUCCACGGAGAAUGAUGAGGCGGUAAUACUUGAUCCGGCGUCCCUGAAAAGAUUGCUGCUUGAAGCCAUUGCAUUUGGUUCCUUCCUUUGGGAUGUUGAAGAUUAUGUUGAUGAGAUAUUCAAGUUUCAGGAUAGUUGAAAAUGUGAUUUCCAGAAGAUUCCUGAAGUCUUGUAUAUAAAGCAAGCUGAAAGAAGAGUUUGCAGAAACUUACUGUGUAUACUUUAGGAAAUUAGCCUUAUUUUGUGCAUGUAUAUCUUUACCCCCAGAUUGCUUCCGUUCUUAGUGAGCCUGGGUUCUUACACA